UUAUAUUGGGUGCUAUCUUUUCUUUUCACACAAGCUGGAAAGAUAGAAGAGAUUCCUACAUGAACCAACCUCUGCCACUACAAUGUAUCAGUUUAAAUUUCAGAGAUUUGCAGUUUGCCCAGGCUAUGCUUUUUGCCAUUGAGGAGAUUAAUAACAGUACAGACCUACUGCCAGGACUCUCUGUGGGCUAUAAAAUCUAUGAUAAUUGUGGAUCUGUUGCCAGAAGUGUAGGAGUUACACUAGCUUUGGCUAAUGGUAAUGAAAAUGUGUCUGUACCAUCCAAGACAUCAUGUACCAGACCUGCACAUGUGCAGGCCAUUAUAGGAACAACAUCUUCUUCUACAACCGUAGCAGUAGCUACUGUCAUUGGACCUUUUUUUAUUCCAGUGAUAAGUCACUUUGCCACAUGUGCUUGUCUCAGUGACAAAACCAAGUACCCAUCCUUCCUCAGAACAAUACCCAGUGACUACUACCAGAGCAGAGCCCUGGCCCAUUUGGUCAAGUAUUUUGGGUGGACUUGGGUUGGAGCUAUUCGAUCUAAUGAUGAUUAUGGAAAUAAUGGCAUGGCCACAUUUACAGAAACUGCACAGCAGCUGGGCAUCUGUCUGGAGUAUUCUGUAUCUUUUUUUAGGACAGAUCCAUAUGUGAAAAUACAAAAGAUAAUUGAAAUUAUAAAGGCUUCAACCUCCAAGGUGAUUGUUGCAUUCCUUGCCCGCGCAGAUUUUAAUGUCCUGCUACCCGAGUUUUCAUACCAUAACUUAUCUGGGUACCAGUGGGUAGGCAGUGAGUCUUGGAUAUUUGAUUCACAAACAGCAGAAAUGGAUAUGCAUCACAUACUGGAUGGUGCCAUUGGUGUUUCCAUUCCCAAAGCACAUGUCACUGGCCUGAGAGAGUUCAUACUGAAUAAGAAGCCAAUUAAUCCAUCUAAUAAUGAAUUGUUUACGGAGUUCUGGGAGACAACAUUUAGUUGUAAAUUCAAGGAGUUGAAGUCAUCAGCAGACAUUCAGAGAGAGUGUACUGGACAUGAAGAUAUGACUGGAGUUCAAAAUAACUUCAUUGACAUGUCUCUCAUGCCUAUCUUUAACAAUGUCUACAAAGGAGUGUAUGCAGUGGCCCAUGCACUUCACAAUAUCCUCAGCUGUAAUAAAACAUGUAACAAAAAUGUGCAGCUAGAUCCAUUUAUGGUUCUGCAACACAUACGAAAGAUCCAUUUCACAACUAAGGAAGGAGAUGAGGUUUACUUUAAUGAGAAUGGAGAUCCAGCAGCAAAGUAUGACAUUAUAAACUGGCAGCCAAGAGAAAACGGCGUUGUGGAGUUUGUCAUAGUUGGUCUUUAUGAUAUAUCAUUAACUACAGAGAAACAGCUAAAACUGCAAAACAAGUCUUUAAUUUGGGCAAGAAACUCAAAGCAGGUGCCUGUGUCAGUUUGCAAUGAGAAAUGUCCCCCAGGAACACACAAGGUACUCCAGAAAGGAAGGCCUGUUUGCUGUUAUGACUGUAUAAGAUGUGCAGAGGGAGAAAUCAGCAACGUUACAGAUUCUAUCACCUGUGUGAGAUGUCUACCUGAGUUUUGGUCAAAUGAAAGAAGAGAUAGCAGCUACACAUAG